AAACGGGGUGAGUUCCUGCGGCAGCGUCGACCCACCGUGCGGUUGGCCUUGCCUUUGGCCGGUUCCGUUGGACCCCUGGACACAGAUCCCUUGGCGGCAAUUGAGCGAUCUGGCACCGAACAUUCACCACCACAGACGUCAAGCAUCACGCCCUCACCCGCACUUCUUCCGACCACCGACCCUCGUUUAACUCGUUUACAACAACCAAUUCGCCAACAUGACGCGCGCUACGCAGACCAUCAGCAUUGGCAUGCUCCUCACCUCCAUCUACCUCUCACUGUUCCUCCAAGUCGUCCCGCUACCUCAGAAGAUCCAAGAGGAGGUUGUGCCUUUCCUCCCCUUCUGGGCUCUCAUCUCCUUCGGCGCGUACCUUCUCUUCAAGCUCGGCUGGGGAGUCUUCACCUUCAACGACGUACCCGACGCGCACAAGGAGCUCAUGCAGCAAAUAGCAGAGGCGCGGAAAGACCUUCAGGCAAAGGGUGUGGAUGUCGGCGAAGAUUAGACGAGAUGGAAGAUUGCGGUGCAGCAUAAUUGGUGUCGUUUUUGGGCAUAGGAUGGAAUAUCGCA